AUGGAGGAGGACAAAAAAUUAUCCAUUGAUGGGCAAUCAAAAGAUAAUCUCUCAUAUCCAAAUCGCUGGUUAAAACGUCUCUUGCACCUAAGCGAUACAAUUGUAUCCCUUUUAAUUAUCACACCUUUAGCUGUUGCCCAUUGGCGUGGGACAUGGACCUUUAUGGAUCACUAUGAGGAAAUUUUUCCUCCAUGGCAUUGCUUCCUGCUUGGAAGUGUUCUUCAUACAGCUUUUGCACUCUUACGAGAAUCUCUCCAUGAGGAAUUUUCAAAUGUUGAACGAUCAACGUCCAUCUGCCGUACAAUUAAGCAUUUUGUCAUUAGCAAAAUCUACACCUAUGUAUUCAGUGUUGCCUGCAUCCUUCAAUGGCGUGGCGGAUGGGCAGUUCUUGAUUUACAUUUUGGACAUACAAUCACGACAGCAAUCACCGUAACUACUGCAACAUUUAUCGUUCUCGUGGGUAUACGUUGUGUGCGAAAUACCCUAGCACCACCAUUUGUCAUCAUUAUGGACUACAAAGAUUCUGCCUUUAUAUUCCCAACGAGAUUUCGUGUUAAAAGUAUCCACAAACCAGGACUAUACGUACUUGAUUGCGUAUUUUCCGUUCUCUUCGUUGGUACUCUGGUUGUUUUUGUAUGGCGUGGCCUAUGGCUCCUUACAGAUAUUCUUCUAUUUCCAAAUGAUAAGCACCUAUCAACAUAUUCAUCACUUGUAAGUUUUCUUUUAUAUACAUACUGACACUAAACAUGUAAAGCUCUUUGUUUUCAUUUCUUAAGUCAAUAAAAUAUAUAUUAUUUUCCGCAUAUAAGUAAAAACAAGAGAAAAACCCAAUUCUAGCACUUGUGUUUUCACAAUUAGAGCUGUUCUUUUACGGAAUUUUAUUUACGUCUCUCCGUGAAAUAAAUACUAAACUAUAUGUAGUACUGUCACGUGAAUUAAUUUAAUAGUUAAUUUAAUCACUUUUGGCAAAAUAAUUAAAUUUAAUUUUCCUUUUUUUUUCUUAAACAGAUAAUUGGAUAUGGAACUGUAGCUGUAAUUUUUGCCAUUCAACCCAUUAUGAGGUGGAUCUGUGAACGUCUUAAUGGAUUUUGGCGUGUAGCAGCCACCGAUAUAUUCCUGACACUCAGUUUCAUUGGAACAGUUAACAUUUGGCGUGGUGUUUGGGCCACCAUCGACUUAUUCUUCCUCCCAGAAUUACAAAUUGAAAAUAUCUGGAUUACACAUGGAGUUUCCCUAAUUCUUCUUGCCCUUCUCAAUUGUUCCAACUCCGUCCUACUCCGUGGUGUAUACAUUGAUGCUGAGGAACCAGCAGGACAGUGUGUGGUUUUCCCAGUUUAUUACAUUCGACAACUAUUCCAAAAGGAACGCAGAAAGAAACAGGAUGAAAUUAAAAAAUCUUUCAAUGCAAAUAAUAAUCAUAACACUGUGCUACUAAUUGGUGUACAAUCCAGUACAAAUACUACAACUAAAUCGAACUAUAGUGAAACAAAAAAUGUUAACAGUGACUCAAAUAGUCAAUAUGAUCAGGAAUAUGAACAUAUUUUUCAUGAUUAAACCAAAAGUAAGUAAAAAAAAUUCUUAUAUUACCUAAUAUUUUAGAAUUCACUAAAAAGCCCAAAUUUUGGUCAAAAGAGAAAUCUUCAAAAUUAAGUAAAAUUCUUUGCAGAAAUUACAUAAAUUUUCCCACAUAGAUGCAUAACAUGAUAUCAUUCAAUUGGAAAAAUUCUUAUCAUACAUGGUACUUGAAUACAUGAGAGGAUAUUUAUAUGUAAUGUGUGGGACACAAUUUCCUUCAGAAAGUAGAUCAAGAUCUCUGAAUGGGGGGAGACCAGAGAUUUUUUUUGUGAAAUACAUUUUCACAACAUCAGAAAAUUUUCCUUUUUCAUCCAAUAUGUCAGUGAGUGCGUAUAGUCUUCGAUGGAAAAGUAAAAGGGAAUUUCCAGUGAAGAGAAUAUUCGUGGAAAAUUACAAUAAUUAUGUGGCUUCUUGCAUGGUUCCCUGACCUCAUAAUAUAAGGAAUUGAAUAGCCAUAUAUACAUGUGUGUUUGAGGAAAUAUCCACCCUUGAAAAAUAAAAAAGACAACUUCACAUUUUCUUCCCCAAAAGAAAAAAACAAAAUUCCACCCACUAAUUGUGUCAUUAUGAGUAUCUUCUCAAUUACCAAGUAGAUCCAAAUUAUUAGAGUGUAUGCGAAAAAAUUCUCUUCUUACAUUACGUAGAUAAAAUGGUGAAA